UCUGUCCAGGUAGUAAAAUCGCCACAUCACAAGUUGGUGUGUGGUAGGUUUUGGAAUGAAUGAUCUUCUUUUGAUUGACAUACAUUUGUAGGAAAAAGAAAAAGAAAAACUGAACAGUCACCGUGGAAUGAAAAUUUUGUGAAGAGUUUCCUUUCCCACUCUUAUCUCGCCAUGUAUUUCACAAUCUGGUGUGUGGUCACAGAUAUUUACUGGUAAAAACGCUCAGCAAAAAAACAGACAGCACGACUGAGGAGGCUUUUUUCUUUUUUGGUCCACUUUCAUUCAUAUUGGAUAGGAAGAUCACUGAACGGUGCCUAAAUGUUUUCUGUAAAAUGUCGUGAAUCAACCGUGUGGGAGAAAUGAAUCCAAACCCCUUAACUUGGUUUGUCCACAAUUUGUACAGCUAACUAAUGUCACCAUCACCCAUAGUUUCAUAAGGUGUUGGAUUUUUCUGAAGUGAAAGGAGAACUUGGGCAAGACUGAAACUGGGUUUGGCAAGAGCGUUUCAAUAAGUAAAGAGGUUAAAGCGUGACAGUUAUAAAACCCUUUUUUAAGUGCAGGAAUUCUGAGCGGACUUUGAGAAGUGCCACCUUUCACCUCUAGGUAAAUCACACAAUGAUCACUUGUAUGUGUGCUGCAGAUGUUGCAUAAUGUUAUUAUAUUUUACACAUCGUGUACUUUUUAACUGUAAUUCUGAUUUGUAGCUGGUGUCAUGUUUGAUUGCUUGCAUGAAUUGAUUCAGAACUACUAAAAUCAAUUCAGACAUUUUCUGAGGUGUCCAAAUGUCUCCAACACAGAAGAAAAUCAAGUGGAAAGAUGCAUCUGAUUUCUUCAUGGUUUGCAGGUUUACAUGUUAAGCUUAAGCGGCAAAAAAACCAAAACAACAACCACAAAAAAAAUAAAAAAUAACUCAAAAUGAGUCAAACUCUGCUAAAAUAUAUUAAAAUUUAUUUGCACUGAAAUGGUUGCAUGCCAGCUGUAAUGGAGGUAAUGUGUGCAAACGGAAAGUGAACCUGUGACCUCUGUCCUGCCUGUAAUUGCAAACACUGCCUCGACUGUUGGAGCAGGUGCUGGUGUCUGUACUCCAUACGAGGGAGUAAAACGGAAUGGUCUGAAACACCCGCAACAGUCUCCAGAUUUGAACCUUGAUUGAUUAGAUUCUUAUCUCGUCCCUCUUCCUCUGUGCAUUGGCAGGCACUGAUCAUUUUUCCCUACUAUGUCCCAACUUCACACUUGCACAGGCCUGCCAUUGUCGCAGACAGCCUUGGUGACUGAACGGCCAUUGCUGCUCGAAUCUAAUCAGAUUCUCCCCCUUAAGUGGAUAACAAGCGUGUCUCCGGAAUGUACAGUAGUGCGAGGGCUGAAGUGAAACCGGGACAAUCCGCUGUCACACACAGCAGAUGCGGUGUGUGGAGGCUUGGGCGUCUCUCCUGCUAUCCGUUGUGGAAGAAAAAAAAGAAAAAAAAAGUUGAUUGGCUAACAACUAGCAUCUUGUUUGACCGGGAAAAGACAUAUAAGAGCUCUCAGUUACUACUGACAAGUUGAGUAUUGUGAUGAGUUUGUUCUUAGUUAUGUGAAUGGGGGGUGACUGAGGCCAGCAACUCCAGCUGACAAGGGCAAUAAAUAUGUUUGGGUGCAUUUAAUGUGGAGCUUUUGGAUGCUUAAAAAUAUAAGCAAUGCUUUUUUUAUUUUUACAUCAAAGGAUAGUUCAGUAGUUUAAAAUGUUAUGUCUAGUUUUAUGUAGAACAACAUUAGUUUGUCUCACUGCAUUCAGAGAAUUACUAGUAAAAAAGGACCAAAACCAAAACAAACUUCUUUCUUAAAAUGACUGCAAUCAAAGUCUCUUAGUUUUAUGGAAGUCUUUAGCGAGAUCGCAGCGAUUAUUUAAACUAGAAAUGAGAUUUGGAGCCAGUGCACCACCGAUGGUCUUCCAGUAUAAAACGGCAAAACAUCUGAAGCAUUUCCAGUCAGACUUUGCUUCUAUAUAUGAAAAGGCACCUGAAGGCGCGAUCAAUCUAAGCUGCUGCUAAUAAUCCAGCAUCUGAAAGGCUCAGUCUUAUUUUUAAGCUCAACAGAAAAUAUGAAUGAAUUUAAAACUCCUUAAAAUUACGUAAAUACGUAAAAAAAUACGUAAACAAUUUAGUAAUUAAAUGACACCUGGUACACAUUUCCUGAGUUGGCACUUCUAUUACUGUCACUGUCAGAACAAGUGACACUGUCACUGUCACUGUCACUGAAAGUCAAAUAAGUGACUUUCUCACUUAUUUGACAAGUGAGAAAGUCAAAUAACCACAUCUCAAAAAUGGAUUUACUGCUCGUUACGUCAUAAACAUAUCAUUUCUAAAUAAAUGGAGCAGAUCAUUUUAUGAGACUCAAGAAUAAUAAAAAAAAAAGUUACUCUCGAAAAUAAAACAUAACUACAUUUAAUCUUAGUCGUUAGCAUUUUAGAUACAUGCCACAGCUGCGUCAAAGUUAUUCCCAUCAAAACUAAAACGCUUUUCUCUUAUUUCCUUUGUUGGGUGAGGUGCUUUAAACAUUUCGCAAUGAUUUGAGGGACAGACAAAAAAAUCUCUUCUUUUUAAUAUUGGUUUCACUUCCCUGACCAGCCGAGUAGACAGAAUGGUCAGAAGGCUCUCCUGCUAUGCUAGUGAGGUUUGCUUUCAAACGUUUGUCCUGCUCUGAUUGAUUCACUUUGGUCGAUCAUGGAAAAAUGUCUCUCUCAUCCGAGACGCAGUAAGUGAAAUUUGGGCAACAGACCAAAUUUCUGUUGGUCACUUUACACUAACUUUGUAGAGUGUCCCUCUGCGUUGCCUACCAAAAUACCUUGCCAGCCCAUUAACUAAUAAAGCAAGUUACCACACUGAGGUUAUCUGUGAGAACAAGACAAGUAAGUGAAUUAGCCAUUUACGGUGAGAUUUUCUGCGAGCAGCUCUCGCUUUGCAGCAACGAAGACUUAAAAAUAGCUUUACUGCACUUAUUUAGUGAGAAACUUUUAAAGAUUAACCGUCUACCUUUAAAACCGUGAAUGAAUGAAAAAGGCUUGCUUUAAAUGGCAUUAAGAGAAGUUAUUUAAAACCAUCCACUGGGGAAACAAGAGUCAAUUGUGCUGCCACAUCCCCUGAAGCAGAUAGUAGCAGACUUUGGGAAGUGACCGCCGAUUGGUCAGCCAGAUAGAAAAAGGGGGCGGUCCAGAUGAAUUAGCGAUAGCUGCUUACAGGCAGACGUCCAGCAGUGAUCAAACCCUGAACGAUCUAACAGUCUGCCGUUUGAAGUGAUUAUCAUGCUAUGCAACAUAAAGGCUUACAUCCAGCUGUGGGGCUAAUUAGUUCACUUAGGGCCCUUUAUAAAACACUGCUAGGGGACUGGAAGGGACAGCCAGUCAGUAGUGUGACAGGACAGCAGUAGCAACAGACGUGGAUCCCUAAAGCUGACCUACUGGAUCACCUGCUUUUCUAAGAAUGCCACACUUAAGUGAUUGCAGCUACUACAAAAUGCGGGACGCAACCAGAGCUUCAAAAGUACAAAGCCACCUGGAAAACUCCAAGUUCCACCUUCAUCAAGGCCAAAACCAGCCUGUGAAGCAGUACCUGACACUGGGCUCCAAGCUGGCCUCUUCGACCGGAUCCGGCCACACUGUACCGCAUCCACACGCCCCUGGCCAGCCGCUGGCCACCGUGCCGAUCAUGAGGAACGGACACAUGCCCGCCGUCAGUGACGGGAGCAGCCCCAACAGCCCCGUCACCCUGCUGACAAUGGGCAACCACGAAGGCGAGUUUCCAAUGGAUGAAGUUAUUGAUGACCUAAUUAGUCUUGAAUCCGGCUUCAAUGAUGGAGGCUUGGAUUGCAUGGAGCCUAACAUCAUAAUGCAAAGCAAUGUCUCCCUCAGCAACAGCAUGCUGGACGUCUAUGGGGGUGAACAAGGUAUGAACCCCCCUAAUGGUGGAAUGAGUCCCACAUCUAACACCACAAAGCUCACUGUUAAAAGGGAAUUUACAGAGCAUGACACGCGGGUUAUGGCCAAAGAGAGACAGAAAAAGGACAAUCAUAAUUUGAUUGAAAGAAGGCGAAGAUACAACAUUAACUACAGGAUUAAGGAGCUGGGGACGCUCAUUCCAAAGUCAAAUGACCCUGACAUGCGGUGGAACAAAGGCACCAUCCUGAAGGCCUCGGUGGAGUACAUAAGGUGGCUACAGAAGGAGCAGCAGCAUGCUCGGGAACUCGAAAGCCGCCAAAAGAAGCUGGAGCAAGCCAACAGGAGGCUGCUGCUGAGGAUCCAGGAGCUUGAAAUCCAGGCACGAGCACACGGACUCCCGAAUAUGGCCACCGCCUUGGGGACGGUUGAACUGUCCUCCCACCUGCUUAAACAGCAGCAACAGCAAUCCCCACCGCAGGUACAGCAACAGCAACCACAACAGCCACCCAUCUACCAGGAGGACCCCAACAGCGACUACCUCCAGAGGAUAGCCGUGGUGACGGGCGUGUCGUCCAUCGCCACCGCGAGCGGCCUGCAGGACCACAUCCAGGGCGCCGACGCCUGCACCACGUUCUCCGACCCGCUCUCCCAUUUCACAGACUUCUUCACCGCCACGCUCAAGGAGGAGAACCAGCUGGACGAAAUCCUGAUGGAUGACCCGCUCUCGCCUUUUGGCGCCGAUCCGCUCCUGUCCACCGGAUCCCAAGGGGCUGCUUCCAAGGACAGCAGCCGAAGGAGUAGCUUCAGCUCUGCUGAGGCCGACGACCUAUAAGGGCUCUUCAUCUCUGGUAUAGUCCAAUGACUGCACAGGUCAAACUUCUCCUGGUAAUGGGGGGGGAAGGCCCUGAAAGACUCACUGAUGAAUUUAAGGAUUCAAAUCCAUGUCUGACAACUGCAGAGGUGCAAGUAACUUAAAUAUCAGCUGACAAACUAAGCAAAACCCAUCAAAGUGCCACCUGUUUAGAAAUUCUUCGACUGAUGCAGAUGCUGACACUGUAUGCUGCUCCGAAGCAAAUGUCACGUCCAAUGAACCAACUACUUCUAACUUUAUUUUGGGUAACCACUGUAUUUCUCUGCUUUAUACAGAGGAUACAAACAGACUUGUGUUAAAAAAGGGAGACAUUUGAGAGUAGAAAUAUUAACUACUACUGGCUUUUUAUGUCAGACACUGGUGGCUACACACUGUAACAUAUGCAAAAUAAUUACUGAA